CCUUCUGAGGGGGGUCCCAGGUGGAGACCUCCCACUCCCAGCUCUGGCUGCCCUGACCUAUCCUGCCAGGUUGUGUUGAAGUAAAACUGAAGUAAAAUUGGGGGCGUCUCUUCCAGUCUGGAGAGAAAACCCACCACCGGCCCUGAUCCAGAGAUGGAGGGCAAGCUCUGGGGGUCCUCCAGCGCAGGCUGCGCUGCUCCAGGGAACGAGAUGGUGGUCAAAGAGGAACCCGAGGACGAGUUGUGCAUUGGAUGCCCGCUGAACCCCCCAGGGACAGAAAAGGAGGCGCACUAUGGCCCCACGGCAGGCACCCAGGGGGGAUUUGCCGUCAAGACGGAGCCGGAGGACAGUUUGCACAGCAACGGAUCCUGGGAGUACAGCGACAGAGAGUCUGGCAGUGACACGGAUUCCUCGGAUCCCAGUCCCGACGUCAUUGUGAAGAUGGAGCUGGAGGAAGAGGUGCCCCACUUCCCAUGCUCCCCCAGGCUCAACCCCAACCCAUGUGGGGACCAUAGCGUUAACCUGGGCACCCAGGUGGCUGCCGGCCCGAUGGCGGAGUCUGUGGAGUCUGAGAAGAGGUCCCUUCCUCCCAGUAUGGACGCCCCGAAGGACCCCGAGUGCCCGGCCACCAAGACCUACACGGCGGCCGGCCGGCCCUUCGACUGCGGCGUGUGCGGCAAGCGCUUCCAGCACCGUGGCAACCUGAUCACCCACCUGCGGGUGCACACGGGGGAGAAGCCCUUCCCGUGCUCCGAGUGCGGGAAGCGCUUCAGCCAGAAAGGGGACCUGAUGCGCCACUUGCGCAUCCACACGGGGGAGAAGCCCUUCGAGUGCUCCGCCUGUGGGAAGAGCUUCUGCUCCAAGCAGACCUUCGUCCUGCACCAGCGCAUCCACACGGGCGAGAAGCCCUACGCAUGCCCGGAGUGUGGCAAAGCCUUCAACCGCAAGGCCAACUUCCUCACCCACCAGAAGAUCCACCGGGGCGAGCGGCCCUUCGUCUGCGGCGAGUGCGGCAAGGGCUUCUGCGCCAAGAAGACCUUCCUCCUCCACCAGAAAAUCCACGCGGGCGACCGGCCCUUUGGCUGCGCCCAGUGCGGGAAGGGCUUCAGCCGCAACGGGGACCUCACCCGCCACCAGCGCAUCCACACCGGGGAGCGGCCCUUUGUGUGCGCCGACUGCGGCAAGCGCUUCAGCCACAACGGGGAGCUGAUCAAGCACCGGCGCAUCCACACCGGGGAGAAGCCCUUCGCCUGCCUGGAGUGCGGCAAGAGCUUCAACCGCAAGGGCACCCUCAUCACCCACCAGCGCAUCCACACCGGGGAGCGGCCCUUCGCCUGCGCCGACUGCGGCAAGACCUUCAACCUCAAGACCACCCUCAUGAAGCACCGGCGUAUCCACACGGGCGAGCGGCCCUACGCCUGCCUGGAGUGCGGCAAGAGCUUCAAGUACAAGGGCAACCUGCGCACCCACCACCUCACCCACACCGUCGAGAGGGUCUACCCCUGCACCGAGUGCGGGCUCGUCUUCAGCCGGCGGAAGGAGAUGAAGGCCCAUCUGGCGGCCCACGCCGGCGGGCGGCUGCUCCCUCGCUACACCGCCAGGGACCACGGCCAGGGUCUGCCCCCCUUCCUGCAGGCACAUGGACCCCUCCUGCUGCCCUGUGCCCCACUUCAGGUCCCCCUCGGAAGCAUGACCAAAUUCAAACAGGAAGCUGGAUGCAAAGAGAUUGGGCUCGGGGACGCAGCCACUUAGCAACUCUGGGUGGAGUGGGGAAGGGGUCAGGGCGCGAGGAAAUAGGCGCUCUUUUAAUUUAUUGUGGGUCAUCCCAGCCAGAUUGGCAGCUGAGGAAGACCCUCUGGUCCUGAGGAGUGAGCAAGCUGCGACUCACCUACAUAUGCAGACGAUACCGAACUCCUUCUGCGCUUGGAACCUGGAGCAACGUCAAUUCCAGACAAUUUCACCCAAUGUCUGGAUGCUCUGUCGAACUGGCUACAUGCUAGCAGACUGAAGGUGAACCCGGCGAAGAUUGAGAUUCUCUGGUCUGGCUCCUCCAUUACCCACCUUCGAUGGUGCCGCCCUAUCUCCAUCGACCACUGUUAAGAGCUUAGGUGUCGUCCUGGAUUCACAGCUGACAAUGGAAGCUCAGGUCGCUGCUGCCAGCAAACAGGCCUUUGUCCACCUACGACAAGCGAGGCAACUGGCACCCUACCUAUCUGACGAGGCUCUGGCAACGGUCAUCCAUGCCACGGUCACGUCUAGGCUGGACUAUUGCAACGCCCUGUAUGUGGGCCUUCCGAUGUCUACGACUCGAAAGCUUCGUAUUGUUCAGAAUGCGGCAGCCAGGUUACUCACAAGAACGCCCAUGAAAUAAUGCCAUAGAACACCAGUGCUGCAACAUUGACAUUGGCUUCCAACUGUAUAAGAUGCUAGUUCUGACCUUUAAAACUCUUUACGGCCAGGGUCCAUCGUACCUUAGGGACCGCCUCUCCUUCUCCCAUCAUCGGAGGUCGCAACGACCAGCCCAACGUGACUUACUCCAUAUACCGGGUCC